CUUAUCUUCAUAAACUACAAUGUCAAUCAAUCCCAUAAACCAGUUAACUCAUUCCGAUCUUUCAAUAUUAGCAAUCAAGAACAAAAUAUUCCAUAAGCAAAGAGAUAUUCAUCAAUAUGAAUAUGGCAAAACAACCAGAGAGAAGUCGUCGUUUGGUCCUUGUUCCCUGCCCAUUUCAGGGCCACAUAACUCCAAUGCUUCAACUGGGCACUGUUCUUUACUCCAAAGGAUUCUCCAUAACUGUUGUUCACACCAUUUACAACUCUCCUAAUCCAAAGAACCACCCUGAUAUCAUCUUCGUCCCCAUUGCUGACGGCUUAUCUGACCAAGAUAUCAGGUCAUGGGACUUAGUGGGAAACGUAGCUGCCAUCAAUGAGAAUUGCAAAGACAUCUUCCAAAGAUUCUUGCAGAAACUAAGCCCCGUGGAACAAGAACAGGUCUGCAUAAUAUGUGAUGAGAUCAUGUUCUUUGCUGAAGCUGUGGCAGACCAUCUCAAGCUGCCAAGCUUAAUCUUGCGCACCACAAGCGCUGCAACUUGUUUAGCUCGCUCUGCUCUAGUUAAGCUUAACGAACAAGGCCAUGAUCUCUCUCAAGGUUCUGUUUCUCGUGAUCUUGUGCCAGAACUCCAUCCCCUCAGAUUUAAAGAUCUGCCUUUUAGCUUAGCAGCAAGUUUUGGAAAGUUUGCUAAAGUAGUGAAUAAGGGAUACGGAAAAAGAACUUCUUCGGCCAUCAUUUGGAACACUAUGAAAUGCCUUGAAGAGUUAACUUUAGAGCAAAUGCAACAACGAUCUGAAGUACCAAUCUUCCCAAUAGGUCCUCUACACAUGAUAGUACCAUUCAACAUCUCAAGUAGCCUAAUUACAGAGGACAGAACCUGCAUUUCGUGGCUUGACAAACAACCCCAUAAGUCAGUCAUUUAUGUGAGCAGCUCGGGCAGCAUAGCAGCCUUGACUGAGAAAGAAGUAGCUGAAAUCGCUUGGGGACUAGCCAACAGCAACCAACCCUUCUUAUGGGUGGUUCGACCCGGUUCGAUUCGCGGCUCGGAUUGGAUUGAGCUGUUGCCGAAAGGGUUCCAAGAUUCUGUUGGAGAUAAGGGAUUCAUUGUGAGAUGGGCACCCCAGAGGGAAGUGUUGGCUCAUCCUGCUGUUGGGGGAUUUUGGAGCCAUUGUGGUUGGAAUUCAACUCUUGAAAGUAUAGGUGAAGGAGUUCCAAUGAUAUGCAAACCAUGUUUCGGUGAUCAAAGAGUGAAUGCUAGGUAUGCGAGUUAUGUUUGGAAAAUUGGAUUGGAAUUAGAGGAAUUAGAGAGAGGAGAGAUUGAGAGAGCUGUGAGAAGAUUGAUUUUGGAGAACGAAGGGAAUGAUAUGAGGGAAAGAGUCAAAGAAUUGAAGAAGAAAUUUCAAGACCGUAUAAGGCAAGGUAAUUCUUCCUAUGAUUCGCUGAAUGAACUUGUGAACUUCAUUGUAUCACUUUAGUUGAGUAAAAAAGGUCCAAUGUCAUAUAUUCCCACAUUGCAAUCUAUUAUUGUCACUUCGGUUUUUCCAAAAUAAAAUAAUAGUGUAAUGUUUCUCAUGUAAUGUUUUUCCUACGUAACAUGUUCACUUUACUUGUUUGUAGAACAAUUAAUGCAAUGUACGUUUA